GAGGUGUGUGUGGGAGCAGGGGAGAAGAGUGUUUUAAAUCGAAGUCAGGUCUCUGCCUCUGCAGCCGUGCGAAUAGAAAGUGCCUGCCUGCACAAAUAUGUGUAUUGUUGCGAUUUAACACAAAUGUUCAAGUGCGAGAAUCGCGCAAAGUCGCCCCAACAGCCACAUACACACUUGGGUGCGCGUACGUGGGUGCAUGUGUGUGUGAGCGAGUGCGAGUCGCGGCAGACGGAAUAUCUAAUUUGCGUUGGUUGGUGGGAGGCCAGGAGGCAGCCGCUACGUAAAGUAGGUGCCACCACGUAAAGUCGCUGGCGUCGGAACGGAAGGCGAUGGAUAAAGUCAUUGCGCUCUAUCGCCGUUAUCCCAGCGGGAAGGCGGCGUAAUCUUUGCGGCGGGGGUGAUUUUUGGGCGUAACGCUCUUAUCACCCAAUAGUGAACACCCACUUCCGUGGGGUGUGGUCUGGUCUGGUCUGGUCCAGGCGUCAAAUAUAUCAGCCGUGCAUAUCGCAAAAAAAUUGAAAUAACAAAUCGAGCGAUUGUGCAGAAGACUUUUCAAACGAUAAAGCAUCUUGACCGUCAGAAAUCACGAGUGAAAAAAUUCAAUGAGGACGCGCUAAUUCACCGGGGUGUGCUGCUUAGUUGGAGACAGUAACUAUCAAUUACUCGCCAUUAUGCCACUGCCGAAGCGAUCGAUUGAGCCCGUACAUGUGGCCCGCUCCGUGUACCAGCAGGAUGAACUGCAGUCCGUGGAGCUGGAGACGGUGACCAACACCACAUUGACGAACAUCAUCCGUCAGCUAUCGUCGCUGUCCAAGCACGCCGAGGAUGUAUUCGGAGAACUGGCCCGUGAUGUGGGCAACAUCGGAGAUCGGGCCAACUCGCUACAGGCGCGCAUCGAUCGGCUGGCCAUCAAGGUGACCCAGCUGGAUAGUACAGUAGAGGAGGUGCCUCUGACUGAUAUUACACGCAAGAAGGCCUUCAAGUCUGCCAAGGUAUUUGACCAGCAGAUCUUCUCGCGCGCCACCAUGCCGGCACCCAUGAUGGAAACAUAUGCACAGUGCGACAAACCGCCGCCGCUGGACAAGCUCAAUGUCUAUCGAGACGAUGGCAAGGACGGGCUCAAAUUUUACACGGAUCCAAAUUACUUCUUCGAGCUGUGGCGCCAGGAGAUGCUGAAGGACACCGAGCGGGUGAUGCACGACAAGGGCAAGAAGCUAAACAGGCCGCGACAGGAGGGAGGUGCCGGUGGAGCCGCCGGACGUGGCAACAAAAAGCAGAAGACCAAGAUACGGGUGCCGCACAAUACGCGCGAGCAGCAGCGACAGCGUGCCCUGGUACAUGGCGAGACAUUGAUGCCCAACAAUGUCAUCUAUCGCACGCCUAAUUCCAUGGUCAACGAGGAGGCUGGCUACGGAAAUACAGUAAAGCCUUAUAAUAUGCUAUCGCAUUUGGAGAAUAACAGUAAUGUCACAAAGCAAACCGCCGUUGCGAUUGCAGAUAUGGGAGUCUACGAAACUCGCCAGCCGCGACCAAACUCGAUCGAAUUGCACCGCCCCUACCCAUCCGAGCAGAUCGAUGGCAGCACCUACGAGCAGCUCACUCCCCAGAUGGCCAAUCAGUAUGCCGCCACGUUCGGACCCAACGGUGGCGGCCAACAGAUGCAGCAGCACAUGCAACAGCAUCAACAGCAGAUGUACGACACCGGGCUGUAUCAGUCGCACGCGUUGUACGGACAAACAGGCGGCCAGGGCGUCAUGUCACCGGAACCCAUCUAUGGACCAGGAGGCACACCGACGCGCAAUAAACCGCGUCCCUCGCAGCCACCACCGGCUCCGCCGUCGAAUGGCAGCGGUGGCGGUACGCCCACAGCCUCUAAUGCCAAUACACCGACCCGGGGACGAAGUAUGUCGACCAGCCGGGAUGCCUUGCCACCGCCGCCGCCAGUUCCGGACGUCAUUUCGCCCAUGUCUGUAAUGAACGGAGCCAAUAACAGUGGCGGCCACAUGGCGGUCAAGCUGCUGGGCCGGGGAAGCAUCAAUGCAUCGGGAGGAGCUGGAUCUCCGCAGAUGACACAGAAUAGCAUGCAGAAUGCGGACAUGGUUAUGACGCAGCUGGCCAACACAUUCAACAGCAUCGGAAUGUCGGGUGGCAACCAAUUGAACUCUCUUAGCGACUUGCCGCCGCCGCCACCAGUGCCAGAUCAGCACUCACCCAAGAUGUCGCCACCGAAUGCGGCACCCCCGCCACCACCACCACCGCCACCUGUAGAGGAUGGCAUGGGUCUCGGCGGUGGCAACCAGCAUACGAUGAGGCCACACCAAAUUCUGCCCAAGUCCCUGGUCAACGGCGAAAUGCCCAUGCCAGGCCAACAAAAUGGUGUGCCACCACACAUUGUUGCGGCAAAGAAGAUAAUGCCACCAUUCCAUGAUCCACGCAAUGAUUUGAUGAAGGCCAUUCGUGAUGGCAUUACCCUACGAAAGGUAGAAAAGUCGGAACAAAAGGAGUUUGAACGCAAUGCUGCUCCAUUGGAUGUGGCCUCAAUCUUGGCCAGACGUGUGGCAAUUGAGCUAUCCGAGUCCGAGGAUUCAGAUAGCGAAGACGACAGCGAGGGCUGGAUGGAGCCAAACGAGACAUCGGCUUGAUCCCUGAUGAAUUCGCUGAAGCCGGACAUGAUAUUGAAAAAUAAAAAGAAAAAGUAAUUCCAAAGAGAAUUAAUCCAUACGAUACGGUCUAAGCCCCAGGCGUGGUAUAAACAGAAUUGGAUUACACACAAAAGCACCAAAGCUUUUCUACACCACCACCCUUUAUACCAUAUAAACACAGCUACACCUAAUCCUAAUCUAAUAUCUAAAAUCAAAACAUUAAAACAAUUGUAUAUAUAUACACACCAGCGUGUAAUUAUCGUUACAGUAAUCGCUACUAUAUAGUGAACGCAUUUGAAAUUGAAGUUCUAAGUAGUUAUAAUGAUGGGCUUCUGUAUCAUAGUAGUCUCGGUGUUUGGAUAUUAAAUUAUAUGAAUAAUCGAUAUUAUCACUGAACUCAAAAAUCCGACACCCCCAACUUGCAAUCGAUACGAUUAAAUAUCCAUUAAACAUUUAUCCAAAACGAAACUUUAGAAUUUUGUAAAUAUAUUGUAGCUUACAUU